AUGGGUGCUUUUUUAAAGGAAAUCCUGGAGCCUUCAGAGCAGGACACAUUUGACCGCUUGACACGGAUGGAAACACCUUCUAUUGACACCUUCCGAAGCCUGUGCACAGAGUAUGUGCUGCCCUCGGCCAACAUGGGUCUGCCCAGCCACCUCAUCCAGUGCCACCGCCCACGGCCUGCCUAUACCACUUACACGGCCCCUGUGGUCAAGAUGCUUGUUGAGCAAGAUGAACAGAGAAAGGCUGCAUGCAACUGCCCAGCAGAGACAGAGCCAAACAGAGAGCCUCAAGAAGCUGGUUUUGAGGAGGAAACCCGAGUGUUGUCAAAGCUGAGCAGAGGUAGCAGCACCCCUGGGACUGGGAAGGACUCAGUAGGAACGUCCACAGCUGAGACCAGUUUGCCAUCACCUAGUGUUCGCAAUAGGGUUAUUUUUGCAAGAAAACCUCCCUUGCGUGUGCUACCAUGUAGCUCCUUGGUGUGUUCCAGCAAGAAGAAAUGA